AUGGUCUCAACAAUAUUGGCCACCAACCAAAUUUCACCAGAAGGUAGAGACCACACUUUGCCCAUGCACAUUAUAGUAAAGUGUGUUGAUAUGAUCGUUGCCAGAGUACUGAUUGACAAUGGGUCGACCUUGAAUGUUUACCCGAUGUCCACUUUGGAGCGUUUGAAUGUGGAUACCUUUCUUAUCCACCUUACCACCAUGAUCAUUAAAGUUUUUGAUGGCUCUCUCAAGAAGGUGCAAGGCAAGAUUGAGCUAGCCAUUGGAGUUGGCCCUAUGUUCUUCACGGUCAAUUUCCAGGUCAUUAAGGUGGACUCCCCUUGGUCUGAAGCAUUAGAAGCUAUUCAAAACUUAUUACCCCUUAAUGUCAAUGGCGACCUGUUGGCCCUUUGUACAUGGCCUGACCAAAUCCGGCAUUGGCAUAAAUAUCGGUGGACAAGCCCACUUCAUUUCAUUGACACACCCGAUGAUGAGUGCACUUUCAAUUAUCAAAGGGACUGUCAUGAUCCGCAUGGAGUGGAGGACAUGUGUGUUGCAGGUGCCGUUCAAAAUUUCACCUCUCAGCUUGUGGACUACAGAGAGGGAAGUGCUGAUCGUAGAUAUAAUAUGACUGAGGCCUUUUUAUUCUUGUCACACUUCAUGGGAGAUAUCCAUCAACCAAUGCAUGUCGGAUUUACAAGCGAUGAAGGAGGAAACACCAUAAAUCUACGCUGGUUUAGGCAUAAAUCUAAUCUGCAUCAUGUAUGGGAUAGGGAGAUCGUUCUAACUGCUCUAUCAGAUUAUUAUGAAAAAGACAUGUAUCUCCUCCAAAAAGACAUAGAGGGAAACUUCACCGAUGGAAUCUGGUCUUCUGAUGUUUCAUCAUGGGAACAUUGCGAUGAUAUUAUUUCAUGCGUAACCAAGUGA